CCAUGCGCCAUCACCACCAACUCCAACGCAGCGCAGAGUCGGACACGUUCAAUUCUACUUUGCACGCCGAAGCUGUUGCGGCACCCCGCUUCCCCUUCCCCGCCGUUGCUCACGGUUGGGUGCAUGCCUAGUAGCAGAAGCUCUCGCACCUCACGCAACCAUGGAUGAGCGCGGCAUGUCGCUGGUGCCAUACGUGCCCGCCGAGUCGCGAGAGAUUGUGCUCCGUCAUGGCUCUGCAGUUGUAGUGUACGACCAGCGCUCGAGACAACUCUCCCUGCGCGCUACUUCGCAUGAUGCCGUCGAACAAUCUUCUUGCCCAUACUGCAAGCGCCCCUACCGUGAACCUUCUCAGGAUGCUUCCGAUUCCGACGAACACGAGCAUAACGGCUUCCAAGAUGCAGACCCAGGCUUUGUCAACCCCAGCUACUUUGAAAUGCUGCGGAGGAGCCAGCCAGGCUCUACGGAAAUCUCUCGGUCGACUUCCCCACACAAACAGCUUGCGGCGCCUACUACACGCUCCAUCGGUGGUACUGGCGGAACAACAGGCGGUGCUAGGAAUGUCGGCGAGGAAGACAUAUCUGAAGACGCCGAAUUUAUGGGCAGUGAGCCAAACCCUAGGAGAUCUCACGGUAUUUCUGCGAGAGCAUUCAGCCCAGGUUACUUCAAAACCUUUUUCGUGGAGGAGAGGGAAUUGGGCCGAGGAGGGAAGGGCGUAGUGCUGCUUGUGCGACACGUACUCGAUGGUGUCAAUUUGGGCUCGUUUGCCUGCAAACGAGUUCCAGUUGGUGAUGAUCACGAAUGGUUGGAGAAGGUGUUGAUUGAGGUGCAACUGCUGCAAAAUCUCUCGCAUCAGAACCUAGUCUCAUAUCGGCACGUCUGGCUGGAGGAUUACCAAAUAUCUACAUUUGGACCAAGCGUUCCCUGCGCUUUUAUCAUGCAGCAAUAUUGCAAUGGAGGCGACUUGCAAAGCUAUGUUCUCGGCAACAUGAAACAGACGAUGACUACAGAGCAGCUGAAAGAGCGGCUGAGAAGACGAUCGAAAGGACAAAUGGAAACACCCGAUAAUCUGAACGGACCACGCAAGAUGCAUUUUGAGGAUAUCAUAUCGUUCUUCAAAGACAUCACCUCUGGAUUGAAUCAUUUGCACGCCAAUGGAUACAUACAUCGGGAUUUGAAACCUAGCAACUGUUUGCUGCACAAUACGGGACGUAAAGUCAGAGUGUUGGUGAGUGACUUUGGGGAGGUACAAGUCGCAAAUGUGGCAAGAAAGAGCACUGGAGCUACCGGUACCAUAUCUUAUUGCGCACCCGAAGUGCUGCAGCAUGUCAGCCCUGGUGGGCCGUUGGGCAACUUCACGACUAAAUCCGACAUCUUCUCUCUAGGGAUGAUUGUUUAUUUCAUGUGUUUCGGGCGACUACCUUAUGUGGAGGCCGAUGGUAUCGAUGAGGACAACGAAGACUUGGAUAAGCUCCGGGCUGAGAUUGCUUCAUGGGCAGGGUUUGACCAUGAGCGGCGAGUACGAACGGAUCUUCCCGAGAAGCUAUAUGGAUCUCUCAAGCAUCUGUUGGCUUUGAACCCUGUAGACCGACCGACGACCGAGGAGAUUAUGACGGCUUUGAAAUCGACCUCCGUGCUGGAUGAGUUCAGUGGAUUCAACGCACCUUCAGCUCUGGACGAUUUUGAGCCUCGAAUAUCUAGGGUGGAGACACCACCUCCGGGCCCGACAUUGAAACAUCGGCAUCGAGGUUCAACUCAUUACACCCGUCCAGGUCGCUCUAAGCUGAGUGAUGGUGUUUCAGUAAGCGAUCACAGGUCGCCCAGUCCAUCUACUCCAGUGCCUACAGACAGGGAACUGUCACCAGAGGGCUCUGUCAUCCUGCAUCCGCGCAAGCUGGAUAGCAUGGAUUUGCCAGCGCCGCAAGUCGCCGAGUAUCAGCCAUCUUCACCUCAGCGCUCGCCGCGCUUAAUGCUGCCUCCACCCCCACAGCCUGCACCGAAUGCCAGAUUCUGGAAUACACUACGCAACCCUGCCUUUCAGCGGGCAGUACAAGUAUCGAUGUUCAUUAUCAAAGUAUUCUCUCUGCUAGCACCGUGCCAGCCAUUUGCAGCAGAUCCCUGGGUUGCUUAUCCGCUACUCUGUUUUGCUUCCUUGGACUUCCUGGGUUUUGGCGGCCUCGCAUUUGGCGGGAGAGGAAGACACGUGGAAGGAAUUGGGGGUAGUUUGAUGCUGUUGGUCUGUCAUCUAGCAGUCGUAUGGCUAUUGAUGGGUAGGGAGAAGCUAUGCUUGAGGAGAGUGAAUUGGGAGACCACAUGA